AAAACCCAUAUUGCCUGAUGUACAGUACACUAACAAUGGCACUUCCAAGACCAAUAAUCAUGUUGAAGGUUAACUUGAUGACCAUGCUGAAACAGUGCAGAACAUUUUCCUCCUUGGGAUCAUAUGUAGUUGACCUUCGAAGCGACACCUUGACCAAGCCUACACCCCAGAUGAGAGAAGCUAUGAAAAAUGCAGUUGUUGGGGAUGAUGUUUUUGGUGAAGAUCCAACUGUGAAUAAGUUUCAAGAAAUGUGUGCAAGUGUUUUAGGAAAAGAAGAAGCUUUGCUAAUGCCAACAUGUACUAUGGCAAAUACAUCAUCAGUUUUAGUGCACUGUUCAGGACGGUUCAGUGAGGUCAUAUUGGGUGAGGAUUCUCAUAUUCACAAGUAUGAAGUAGCUGCUCUAGCCCAGCUGGCAGGGAUACAAGGUAAAUGUGUACCAAACCUUCCAGAUGGUUCUAUGGACAUACAAGACAUUGAGGCCUGUAUACGCCCAAUAGACGACGUUCACCAACCCUGGACAAAGGUCAUCUGCCUUGAGAACACACACAACAGAUGUGGAGGGAAGGUUCUUUCCCUAGAUUACAUCAAACAGGUUAAAGAUUUAGCCCAACAGCACAGUCUACUCCUGCAUCUAGAUGGAGCCAGGCUGUUCAAUGCUGCUACAGCCCUGAAUAUUCCAGUGUCAGAUAUCUGCAAAAAUGCUGAUUCAGUUUCUGUUGCCUUCAGUAAGGGUCUGUGCUGUCCAUUGGGAUCAGCUGUAGCUGGUAGCAAGGAUUUUAUAGCUAUGGCAAGAAGGGCCAGGAAAGCCUUAGGUGGAGGGAUGAGACAGGCAGGGGUUAUAGCAGCUCCGAUGAUAGUAGCAUUGGAAACCAUGGUGGACAGACUAUCAGAGGACCACAGUCGAGCAUAUCGUCUUGCUCAGGGUAUUGAAGAAAUGGCAGGUAACCCCAUCUGUAACGUUGACUUGAAAGGUGUUCAGUCCAACAUUGUGAUGAUCAACCUACUCGGGAAAGUUACCCCAGUUCAAUUUUCUGAGAGAUUGAAAAUGGUGACGGAGGAAGAAAGGAAAUCACUCAAACAAGGGAUAUCUGUUUUAAUGCUGCCAUUCUCUAGGACACAAGUUCGUUAUGUCACUCAUAAUGAUGUUAAGGAUGAGGACAUUGAAAGGGCCAUCAAAAAACUCCAGUAUGUCAUUGAAACCUUGUGAUAUUUAGGUUUGUAAUAUUGUCUUUUGAUUAGUGUCAUGUCAUUUAAUGUGUAAUACAAUUAUUUGGUUUGUGUGAUAAUGACAUUUGGUGUGUGACAUUUGUUUGGUGCGAAGGGGUUUCAGAUUUUAUAAUCUUGACCUCUUCUUUUAGUACAUGUGAUCUUGUAGAUGACACUGAUUUCGAGUUCAUAAAAAUUUUAACUUUAUUUACACAAGAAAUAAAUCCACAGUUGAAUAUGUGUAUCACAUACACGUUGAAAAUAAGAUAGCAGAGCAAACUGCAACUUAGCAUUAUAGCUUACACUCAAUAAAUCAGACUUUCAUUCACACAGUUCAGUCACUUUUUACACUCGUUUAGAUGGCACCUUGUAAAUCACAAUCACACACCUUUUAAAUCACAAUAGCUAUGUGAUGGAUAAAUUAGAAGGGGUGGAAAAUACUGCCCAGCAGCACUUGUGCACACCAACUACAUGACCUGUGUUUUUCUGUUUAAUGACACAGUACACGUGUUUGGCACUCUUCUGCCCGUCAUGUCAAACCCAAAACCUGUUUCGUCAGCAUUAAAUAUUCAACCUGGUUUAUCCAACUUUUCCACACACAUCUUAAACUCAGAUUACCAUCUUUUAAUGGCUUGUGGCGUCACCAGUGCACAUUCUUUUUCAAGAGACACAGGUGUUCUUGUUGAGAGCUCUGGAUGUCUCUUGAACAACUGUACAGCCAUUUGCUGCCAGGCAUUUGUGCAGUUGUAUCCCUCUUUGAUAGUAUCCUUUUGGCCGCUUCUCUCACCUCAUUGUGCGCCUUUCCAAAACCCAUUUCUGCUAA